AUGGAAAGCUACAAUUCCAGGCCAGCAACUCAAUAUAUAAAAAUAUGCACCCUCAUAAUUCUUAUAACCUCCAACAUUGCAAAUAGAUUCUUUGAUCUCUUCAAUGGCAGUCACCUAUCCUUUAGCUACUGCCUUAGCCAUUCUUGCCGGAGUUCUGCCGGUUGUUUUCCUCUUCUCGUCAUUGCCAUCUUCUUCUUUCUUCUCUACAAAUCACAAAACCUUAAUAAGCAUGAAAAAGAAAUCCGCGGUGGUCGUUUACCACCUGGUCCAGUAGCCUUACCGAUUGUUGGAAGUCUUCCAAUGAUGCUUUGGAGGAAACCACGUUUCCGAUGGGCACUUCAAAAAGCUGAAGGCAAGGACAUUACCUGCAUCCUCCUAGGAAAUGUCCAUGUUAUUGUUGUUAACUCACCGGAGUUUGCCCGUGAGUUUUUAAAGAAGAAUGAUGCUAACUUCACCUCCCGGCCGAUAACAAUGGCUACCGAAUACUCUGGUAGGGGUUUCCUCUCUGCUGUCAUUGCUCCAUGGGGUGAUCAGUGGAAGAAAAUGCGCCGAGUGAUUGCCUCAGAGGUUAUCAACCAUAAAAGAUUCCAAAGCAUGGCGAAAUUACGCGGCGAGGAGGCUGAUAACCUUGUUCGGUACAUUCAAUAUCAAAGUAAAGCUAGAGAAGUGAUCGAUGUUAGAAAGGCUCUUAGGUAUUAUAGUGGAAAUAUCAUAAGGAGGAUGAUUUUUGGGUGUCGGCAUUUUGGAAUGGGAGCGAAAGAUGGAGGGCCAGGGCCCGGCCCGGAAGAGAUAGAGCAUGUAGAGGCUGCAUUCACAGUGCUCUCAUUGAUCUAUGCCUUUUGUGCAUCAGAUUUCAUGCCAAGUUUGAGAACUUUGGAUAUAGAUGGUCAUGAAAGAGUAAUGAAAAAGGCGAUAAAAGUGAUCAAUAAGUAUCAUGAUCCUAUCAUCGAAGAAAGAAUGCGACGAUGGAGGACCGAUGGUGGUGUUGAUGAUGAGCCGGAGGAUAUCCUUGAUGUGUUCAUUUCUCUCAAAGAUGAUAAAGGGAAGCCUCUCUUGACCAUGGAAGAGAUUAAAGCUCAAGCUGCCGAACUCAUCUUUGCAACAGUGGACAACCCCUCAAACACAGUGGAAUGGGUGAUGGCUGAGAUGCUCAACCAGCCAGACAUUCUCCGGAAAGCAAUCGACGAGCUCAACCAUGACGUCGGCCCUCACUGCCUAGUCGAAGAGUCUGACUUCCCAAACCUCCCCUACCUAAAGGCAUGUGCCCGUGAAGCCCUUCGCCUCCACCCCGUUGCCCCCUUCAAUCUACCCCACGUCUCCUUCACCAACACCACUGUCGCUGGAUUCUUCAUUCCCAAGGGCAGCCAAGUCCUCCUAAGCCGUGUAGGACUUGGCCGGAACCCUAAAGUUUGGGAAGAUCCAAUGAGGUUCAACCCUGACAGGCACCUUAUUGAGAAGAAUGUGGAGCUAGCUGAGACAGAUCUCCGUUUCAUAUCAUUCUCCGCUGGCCGGAGAGGAUGCAUAGGAGCGCAGUUAGGGACGAUGAUGACGUACAUGCUGUUGGCUAGGGUUUUGCAUGCAUUUACGUGGACCUUGCCCGCCGGUGAAGAGCUGGUGAACCUCUCUGAAGAGGAACAUAGUCUCUUUAUGGCUAAACCUUUGCAUGCACUCGCUAACUCAAGGUUCUCCCAGUUCUCACAGAGUUCCUUGGAGGAGAAUCCUGCCAGCGAUCAGGUUUGGAGAUCCAAUUAUGAUGGAUUGAUUUGA